AUUUAGGUGAAGGGUACGAGCGCCAAUACAGUGAGCUCUCUGCCAACCUCACCAAAAAGUGUACGGUAGCUGGUGCUCUUGAUGGAGAGCAAAAGAAGCAAAAGAUUUCUGAAAUAAAGGCUGGAAUUGAUGAUGCAGAAUCUUUGAUCCGGAAAAUGGACCUCGAGGCAAGAAGUUUGCCACCAAAUAUUAAAGCUGUGCUUCUUGCUAAGUUGAGGGAAUAUAAAUCAGAUCUGAAUAAUCUGAAAAGCGAAGUUAAAAGACUUGUAUCUGGUAACUCAUAUUCAUCUGCCCGAGAUGAGUUGUUGGAAUCAGGCAUGGCUGAUACUCUGACGGCAUCAGCUGAUCAAAGAGGAAGGCUAAUGAUGUCAACAGAGAGAUUAAACAAGUCUAGUGAUAGAGUUAAGGACAGUAGAAGAACCAUGCUGGAAACAGAAGAGCUUGGUGUUUCAAUCCUUCAAGAUCUGCAUUCACAGAGACAGUCUCUGUUACAUGCAAAUAACACGCUUCAUGGGGUGGAUGACAACAUAGGGAAAAGCAAGAAAGUUUUGACUUCCAUGGCACGGAGGAUGAGCAGGAACAAGUGGAUUAUUGGCAGUGUUAUUGCCGUUCUUGUCAUUGCCAUCGCCUUGAUCUUGUACUUCAAACUUAAAUAGCCAAGACAUUUUCUCUUGUUUGAGCUUGUGGGUGUUUCGAACGAACAGAUUUUCAUUUUCUUGUUUCUCCUUAUUUUUCGUGUGUGCAAAAUUGAGUUGCCAAGAUGGAGAUGCUUGAUUGUGUAGUAAUGGCAAAAUAUUGAUACGUUUCGAUUCUUUGCUGGUUGUAUUCACUACUAAAAAGACGUAUGCUUUGCUUUCACCAUGAGCGGGUCCAUUGCUCAUUAAGUACAGUUAAUAAUAUA